AACGUUGGUGGCGGUGUGAGAGUACCUAGUUUGCCAUUUUUCUAGUGAACUACUGAAGUCUGUGGCGGUGAGCCUGAGCUAGUUCACGAGUACAGUCUGCAAAUUAGCAAACAAUCUGAGUAUUUAUUGCCGAGGGCAGCAAAUCAACGCAGUUAUUGUACAAUUCUGAAGCGAGGAAAGAUAAUACCAAGUGAAUCCGAAUGUUCCAAUUUCAGACUCCUCAAACUCUCCAGCCCACUAUCCUUCCAGCACUCUUCCACCACCAGCGCCACUGCAUCACAGCCGCUUUCCGCCCUUCGCCUGCCUCUUCUGUGACGCUUACAAUCUCCUCUCCCACCACCAAUAAGAACCAUUCAAUCCAAUCUCUCUGCAGAAAGGGUCAAUUGAAACAAGCUAUCCACUUGCUAUCGCACGAGCAGAAUCCCACCCAAUAUACUUAUGAGCUUUUGUUACAGUCUUGUGUCCGUGAGAAGAGUUUAGCGGAUGCGCUUACUGUCCACAGGAGCCUUAUUGAUAAUGGGUUUGAUCAGGACCCCUUUUUGGCGACAAAGCUCAUUACUCUGUACUCUGAACUCGAUUCCAUUGAACACGCUCGCCAGGUGUUCGAUAAAACUACACACAGAACCAUAUAUGUCUGGAAUGCAAUUUUCCGUGCUCUGUCUCUAUCGGGUUUGGGAGAAGAGGUUCUGAAUUUGUACAGGAGAAUGAACCGGAUUGGGAUGCGUUCUGAUAGGUUCACUUACACGUAUGUUCUUAAGGCAUGUGUCGUUUCGGAUUCUGGACUUUCUUCUCUUUGGGCGGGGAAGGAAAUUCACGCGCAUGUUUUACGACAUGGUUAUGAAAGCCAAGUCCAUAUUAUGACUACUUUGGUUGAUAUGUAUGCGAAAUUUGGAUGUGUGGAGAAUGCUAAUCUUGUCUUCUCUUCCAUGCCAGUGAAGAAUCUGGUUUCUUGGAGUGCACUAAUUGCAUGUUUCGCAAAGAAUGAUAGGCCUUUUGAAGCAUUACGGCUGUUCCGUGAGAUGAUGCUUGAGAGUGGGGAUAUGUUGCCCAACUCAGUCACCAUGGUCAGUGUGCUUCAAGCUUGUGCUGCAGUGUCUGCACUGGACCAGGGGAAGUUGAUACAUGGCUACAUACUUAGGAAAGGCCUUGAUUCAAUUUUACCAGUUAUGAGUACCCUUGUAACAAUGUAUGCUAGAUGUGGUGAUCUUGACUUAGGGAAAAAUGUUUUCAAUCAGAUGGAUAAGAGGGAUAUUGUUUCUUGGAAUUCCUUGAUUUCAAGUUACGGGAUUCAUGGCUUAGGAUCAAAAGCUCUUGCUGUUUUUCAAGAGAUGGUGCAGCUAGGCAUUUCACCUAGUCCGAUAUCAUUUGUUAGUGUUUUGGGAGCUUGUAGUCAUUCAGGUCUGGUUGAUGAAGGAAAAAUAUUAUUUGAUUCUAUGGUGACAGAAUACGGAAUUUACCCUACCAUGGAGCAUUAUGCUUGUAUGGUAGAUCUUCUUGGCCGAGCAAAUAGAUUGUAUGAAGCGGCUAAGAUCAUUGCAGAUAUGCGGGAUGAACCAGGACCCGAGGUUUGGGGUUCUCUUCUUGGAUCAUGCAGAAUUCACUGUAAUGUUGAACUUGCAGAGAGGGCAAGCAGAAGGCUCUUUGAGCUUGAACCGAGAAAUGCAGGGAAUUAUGUGCUACUGGCUGACAUUUAUGCAGAGGCAAAAAUGUGGGAUGAGGUCAAAAGAGUGAAGAAGCUUUUGGAAGCUAGCGGCCUGCAAAAGGUGUCGGGCUGUAGCUGGAUUGAAGUUAGACGGAAAAUUUACUUGCUUAAGUCUGUUGAUGAGUUAAAUCCGCAAAUUGAGCAAAUUCAUGCUUUUGUUGAAAACUUAUCAAAGGAGAUGAUGAAGAAGGGCUAUGUGCCACAGACCAAAGACAUUCUUUAUGAUCUUGAUUCUGAGGAAAAAGAGCGAAUUGUGUUGGGUCAUAGUGAAAAAUUAGCAGUUGCAUUUGGAUUAAUAAAUUGCAGUAAGGGAGAAACCAUCAGGAUUACCAAGAACCUCAGGUUAUGUGAAGACUGUCAUUCUUUCACUAAGUUUAUUUCCAAGUUUGCAGAUAGAGAAAUUUUGGUUCGUGAUAUUAAUCGGUUCCAUCAUUUCAAAGAUGGGGAAUGCUCAUGCAAGGAUUAUUGGUAACUUGUAAAGGAGAACUUCGGUUGCCCGUACUCAUCAUACAUGUCCUUGUCAGAACAUCCCAUGAAGGUUGCAAAAGACUUGUAUAUGUACAUCUUUCUAGGGACGAUCAAGUGGCUCAACAAUGACACUUUAUUCUUAUGAAAGAUAGAAAAUUGGUUCGAGUGCAAAGUGGAGGUAUGAAACCCGCUUUGACCCCCCUAUAAAAAACAAAAAGGAACUUUGUAUAUGUAGAUAUAUUCCUAUUAUAGUAUUUAACUUGGUCGUUUCCCGAGUACUAGCUAAAGUGUUUCAUGUAUCACGAGGGUUCAGCCUGGGCAAUCUACUAAUCAACCUCCAGCUUGCACUGUUGUCCAAAUAUGUAGAGGUUAUAAUGGAAUUUUGUAAGUCAUAUAUAUACGUGAAUGAAAGUGGGAACUUGUCAUUUAUUUAUGGG